AUGUCCAACAGCGAGGAUACGCGGAGUACAACGCGGACGGAGGCGGGGCUGCGAGCGAUGACCUCUGCCGAUGUGGUGGCCAGCAUCCUCGAGAGCUUGAUCCCGCCGGAGUGCCGGUCGAGCCAAGCCUGGCUGGCUUCCCUGGCCACCGUCCAUCCGAGCUGGACCCAGCCGGUCUCUCUGGCCCUCCGCCGCCACCCGAUCCUCUCCUCGAUCUCCCAGCUGCUGGGCUUCCAGGAUUCGUUGGUCGAUCAUCUCAUCAGUCCGGACACUCGUCCACCAGGAUCGGAGCAGGUCCGAGCCAAGCCCAAGAUCAGCCCCUCCGCCUGUGCCCUCCGCUCCUUGAUCAUCAACCUCGCCCCAACCCAGCCGACAACUGACUCAUCAACACUUAUCGCCCACAUCGCCUCCCAAGAGAGACUCACUCGCCAGCUCCAACUCUCCAAGGAGAUGUACCUCGACCCGGGCUUCUUCGGCUCGUUGACGAACCUGAGAUCGAUGGACCUGUCGAUGCUCAAGCUCUCGCUCACGAGCUUCCGCUUCCUGCUCGCCAGUCUCGCGUCCUCUUUGACCGAGCUAGGGAUCCAUGAUCUCUGCAUCGUCGGCGCAGAACAAGACACAGUCGCUAUCUUCAAAGCCAUCUUCGAUCUCCCGCGUCUCAACGCGUUGAGGCUCACCGGCCGACUCGCAACCGGCCGCUCCAUCCUCCGCCUGCUCAUCGAUCAGGACAACCAGCUCAGCUUGGCAGGCAGGUCCUUGCAGACCCUUGCUCUUUCCGACCAGGGCCUGACCUCGUCGGGCGGAGCCGCUAUGCUCAUGCCUCACGAUCUGUUACACUGUUGGAAGACGUCUCUCAUACCUUACCCAAGAGACAUCAAUCUCGAGAAUGGUCUGUCGGUUUCGACCGAGAGCGCUGCGCCGACGAGAUAUCCCGAUGAUCGACUCCAGGUCCUGAACUACAGGGUAUCCACCAAUGCUCCCGAAUGGCAUGUCUACGACCAGCCGGAUCUGGUGAAGGAGGCCGCCAAGGCGCUGGGGCUCCGCCUGACGGUCAGCCAUCAUUCCGAUCCCAUCCAACGGAUCAAGUGGAUGUCUCAUUCGCCCUAAUCACUCUUUCCAGUCACCAUGUAUCUCAUCUAUAUAACAUACUCAAAAUCUCUUCCCUGCUGGAAAAUUCUCAUUCUCGCUCAAAUUGUAGCCAAGAUUACUAAUAAUAAUUCCCACUCUCACUCUUGUACCCUUUUUUAAAAAAAAAUCAGUAUGUGCAC